CUCCCGGCCACCUUAUGCGUAGCACUAGUGUUUCUGUGUGAGAGAAGCCGACUCUUGUUUACAGCAGAGAUUCCACGGAGCAGCGGAGACCCACAGCCUACGUUAACCGAGGGCGAACCGUAGGAUUUCAGCCUCUGGAUAUAUACACGCAACGUGUUUUCUCCCUUUUAUGAGGAUAAAGACAAAACACGAAACACUCGCAAAGGGCAACUCCUUGUGGACACAUCCCUCCCACCCUAGCCGAGGUCGUCUAGCUGGAGACCCAUUCUCUUGCGUGGCACAAGUCUGGUAUUUUCUUUCAGCUGCAAAUCCCGACAGACGACAGAGAUAAGUCCGACCCGAGGAGCUGGGAAAUUGGUUUAAAAAGCGACUUCUCACCGCGGGCCAGGACUGCUUGGUGGGGAUCGAGAACCUGUGCGGGUUGAAUGGCAUAAGCAAAAUAAGGUUUUUCAUUCAUUUUUCAACCUCGCAGCCACCACCCCUGUGUAUCUGGACGUGUUUUCUGCCCCACUCCUCCACAGGCAUUCACACGGGGAUUCUUGUGAGCAACACUGGCGUUAAUUUAUUAUGAUGGUGAAGGCUUCUAAUAACACUAUUUAGUCUGAUGUUUUUUUUAUAUUGUUAUUACCAGGCCUGAUCGCACUGUACGCGCACUGCUGUUUUCAAGAGAUGGAGACUGAAGAUGGGGAUUACCAUCAUUUAUCCAGUAAAAUCGCUGGCUUGUGUGCCAUACCAGCCGACGUCAAAGUAUCCUGUGAUUGGCAAAAAUAGCAGACUGUUAUAAUUUUUUCUUCAAAGGAAUUCCCUGUUAUAACGAUUUGUACACAUUUAUUUAUAUAUAUAUUUUUUAGAGCAAAUCCUGGAAGCCACGCAGGCUACAGAGUAGCGUUUUUUUGGGCUACAGACACAUUCAUUCACCCCUCCCCUAUUUUCAUAUUCUUCUAUGAGGAGCUGGUGUGUGAAACCUUCAUAAUUUUAUUUCAAUUUUAUCCCUGCCUUAAGGGUUUUUCAGAGGUGAAUAAUGUUAAGGAACAUGAGAUCUGGCACACGGAUGGGUAGCCCGACCUUGUUUUGGGGUCUGAUGCUGUCUGUCUCUACUAUCUGCAUCUGGUCCACACAUGGAGAGAUCUGUGGUCCGAGUAUCGACAUCCGAAAUGAGAUUGGCGAGUUCAAGCGGCUGGAAAACUGUACGGUGGUGGAGGGCUACCUGCAGAUCCUCCUCAUCACCGACAAGACCAACAACUUCCACCAGGAGGCCUUCCGCUCCCUCAGCUUCCCAAAGCUGACCGUCAUCACCGACUACCUGCUGCUGUUUCGCGUCUCGGGCCUGGACAGCCUCAGCAUGCUCUUCCCUAACCUGAGUGUCAUCCGGGGGCGCAAUCUCUUCUACAACUACGCCCUUGUGAUCUACGAGAUGACCAGCCUGAAGGACAUCGGCCUGUACAACCUGAGGAACAUCACCCGCGGAGCCGUGCGGAUUGAAAAGAACCCUGAGCUCUGCUACCUGGACUCGGUAGACUGGUCUCUUAUUAUGGAUGCUGGAACCAACAACGUUAUCAAUGGGAAUAAGAAGCCAAAGGAGUGUGACAAUGUCUGCCCAGGAAUCAUGGAGGAUAACCCUCUUUGUCAGCGGACGUUGUUAAAAGACAAGUACAACUACCGCUGUUGGACCUCCAACCAGUGCCAGAAAGUAUGCCCAGAACACUGCAAGUUUUCCUGUACAGACAAGGGAGAGUGUUGCCACAGCCAGUGCCUGGGAAGCUGUACUGAACCCAACAACGACAUGGCCUGCUCCGGCUGCCUCCACUACUACCACGAGGGUCACUGUGUGCCAGACUGUCCCCCAGACACUUACAAGUUCGAGGGCUGGCGCUGCAUCACCAUGGACCUGUGCUCCCAAGUGCACCUGCCCGGCGACACUCACUUUGUCAUCCACGGGGGAGAAUGUAUGCCCGACUGCCCCUCUGGCUUCACACGCAACGAGACUAAUCGUAUGUUAUGCAAUGCCUGCAAUGGCCCGUGUGAUAAGCCCUGCACAACCUCUGUCAUCGACUCUGUUAAUGCUGCCCAGUCCCUGAAGGACUGCACUGUCAUCGAAGGCAACCUGGACAUCAACAUCCGCCGUGGAAAUAACAUAGCAUCUGAGCUGGAGAGCUUCAUGGGAUUGAUUCAGAAAGUGACGGGCUAUGUAAAGAUUCGACACUCCCACGCACUUGGCUCACUGUCCUUCCUCAAAAGCCUGCGUUACAUCAAUGGGCAGGAACUCAUCGACAACAUGUAUUCGUUCUCUGCCAUCAACAACCAGCACCUGCAAUACCUGUGGGACUGGAGUCAGCAUAACCUGACUAUUGGGAAUGGACGUCUCUUCUUCCGUCAAAACCCCAAACUCUGCAUGUCUGAGAUCCACAAGAUGUGGGAGAAGACGGGCAUUGCUGUGAAGCCAGAGGAGGGAGAUUUCCGUAACAACGGUGAAAGAGCCAGCUGUGAAAGCCAUAUCUUGAAGUUCAAGUCUAACAUAACAUCAAGUUAUACGAUCAGGCUGACAUGGGAGCGCUACCGGCCGCCGGACUACAGAGACCUUAUCAGCUUCAUAGUCUACUACAAGGAGUCCCCUUUCCAGAACAUCACAGAGUUUGACGGGCAGGAUGGCUGUGGCUCAAACAGCUGGCACAUGGUGGAUGUUGAUUUCCCUCGGGAUAAAAACAAUGACCCAAACAUCAGUCUUCAACACCUCAAGCCCUGGACCCAGUAUGCUAUUUUUGUGAAGGCCAUUACCCUGCAGGUGGAGGACAAACACAUUACCGGAGCAAAGAGUGAUAUAAUCUACAUUCGCACACGCCCAUCGCUGCCAUCUAUGCCCAAAGAUGCCCGUGCAUAUGCCAACUCUUCAACCAGGCUCAUGGUGAAGUGGUCACCUCCAGCCUUUCCCAACGGCAAUCUGACCUACUACCUGGUCCGCUGGCAGCAGCAGCCUGAGGACAGGGAGCUCUACCAACAUAACUACUGCUCCAAAGAGUUGAAGAUCCCGAUCCGUAUCCCAGCCACAAGGUUCACGGACAUGGAAGAGAACACCAAGCCCACCAAGUCAGACCUGGCAGGCGCAGAGAAGGGAACAUGCUGUGCUUGCCAGAAGACGCCUGAGGAGAAAGAGCGGGAGAAGGAUGACCGGGUCUUUUUUAAAAUUUUCGAGAACUUCCUCCACAAUGCCAUCUUUCUGCCAAGACCUCCAGAUCGUCGUCGUAGAGAUGUUUUUGGUGUGGCUAACAACACACUGCUGCAUGAGGGUGUUGGUAGGGGAAACACCACCCUUGGCCCGGGGGAUAACAGUACAGAUGGCAUUCCUCCUAUCAAGGAGUACCCCUUCUCAGAUGAUAAGAGCACAGCAGAAUAUUUAGAGAUCCCCAACCUGCGGCCCUUCACUGUCUACCGCAUUGACAUCCAUGCAUGCAACGAGGAGGUGGGGCGCUGCAGCGCUGGAGCCUUCGUCUUCUCCAGGACCAAACCUGCAGUCAAAGCAGAUGACAUCCCUGGAAAGGUGAUCUCUAAAAUGUGUGAGAAUGUUAAAGGUUGUGUGGUGCUGCACUGGCCAGAACCCGCAAUGCCAAACGGACUCAUCCUGAUGUAUGAGAUCAAGUUCGGUCUGGGGACUGAGCCUGAGAAACACGAGUGUGUGUCGCGGCAGCAGUACCGGGAGCACAGAGGAGCUCGGCUGACCAACCUGGGCUCAGGGAAUUACUCUGCUCGCGUGCGCGCCACUUCGCUAGCAGGGAACGGCUCCUGGACGGAGAGCGUGUCCUUCGACGUGCCUCCGCCCAAACCAGGCGAUGAUGUUACGUUCUACUUGGUCAUCAUAAUUCCCAUCAUUGUGACACUUUUCAUCGCCAGCCUCACCACGAUUCUCUACUUUGUGAACAAAAAGAGGAACAGUGACAGAUUGGGGAAUGGAGUCCUUUAUGCGUCUGUUAACCCCGAGUAUUUCAGUGCUGCUGAGAUGUACGUCCCAGAUGAGUGGGAGGUGGCCAGGGAGAAGAUCACAAUGCACAAGGAGCUAGGCCAGGGCUCCUUCGGCAUGGUGUACGAAGGCAUCGCCAAGGGAGUGGUGAAAGAUGAACCCGAGACACGAGUGGCCAUCAAGACGGUCAAUGAGACGGCCAGCAUGAGGGAGCGCAUUGAGUUCUUGAACGAAGCCUCUGUCAUGAAGGAGUUUAACUGUCACCACGUGGUGCGGCUGCUGGGCGUGGUCUCGCAGGGACAGCCUACCUUGGUGAUUAUGGAGCUGAUGACCCGUGGAGAUCUCAAGAGCUACCUGCGAUCUCUGCGCAAAGAAAACAGCAACAGCCAGGUCCUACCCCCGCUCAAAAAGAUGAUCCAGAUGGCAGGGGAAAUCGCCGACGGCAUGUCGUACCUAAAUGCCAACAAAUUUGUCCACAGAGAUCUGGCUGCCAGGAACUGCAUGGUAGCUGAGGACUUCACUGUGAAGAUUGGAGAUUUUGGCAUGACCAGAGAUAUAUAUGAGACGGAUUACUACCGAAAAGGAGGAAAGGGCCUGCUGCCUGUCCGCUGGAUGUCUCCAGAGUCGCUGAAAGAUGGCGUGUUCACUACAACGUCUGAUGUCUGGUCAUUUGGUGUCGUGCUGUGGGAGAUCGCCACCUUAGCAGAACAGCCUUACCAAGGCAUGUCCAAUGAACAAGUGCUGCGCUUUGUCAUGGAGGGAGGACUCUUGGACAAACCUGACAACUGCCCUGACAUGCUGUUUGAGCUGAUGAGGAUGUGCUGGCAGUAUAAUCCCAAGAUGCGUCCGUCCUUCCUGGAGAUCAUCAGCAGCAUCAAAGAAGAACUGGAUCCUCCCUUCAGGGAAGUGAGCUUCUUCUACAGCGAGGAGAACAAGCCACCGGACACUGAGGAGCUGGACAUGGAGGUAGAAAACAUGGAGAACAUUCCACUGGACCCUGCAUCCGCCAGGCAUCCCUCUGCUACUGCCGCCGCCCCCUCGUCGGGGUGUACAGGAGGCACGCCGCCUCCUUCUACCCAGCAGUUAUCCCCCAUGCAAGGUCCGAGUACUCCGUUACUGGGACUUGUGUCUCCCUCCUCCCCGGGCCCAGUUGCCUCAGCGUCUCCAGGCCAAGCCUUGGACAAGCACUCAGGACAUGUUUCGGCCAACGGGCCUGUGGUGGUACUCCGGCCCAACUUUGACGAGAUACAACCCUAUGCACACAUGAAUGGGGGCAGAAAGAACGAACGGGCGUUACCACUGCCCCAGUCGUCGGCCUGCUGAUAUCAGACCAGCCCCUCCUCCUCCUCUAACACAGGGUAAUACAAACCUUUCCUCCAUCUCUUAAGGAGGGAUGGAUGAGGUAAGAAAUGACUUUCUUCUACUGUGUGCCAGUAGAUUGUCUCUCCACUCCUUAAAGGUCAAACAUAAAUAAAGUCUAAAAACCUACAAACAGUACAGAAACCUGCUAAAGAAUAUGGAGUUUGGUGGCUCAGACUCUGGGGAACUCCUUCGUGUGCUGCCUGUAUUUCAGUUGUUGUUACAUAAGUCCUUGGAGAAGGAAAACAAUACAGGCACGCAUCUUGACUUAGAUCUAGACAUGAACUUAAAGAAAAAACUUUUUUUUAGCAUAUCUGCCAGCAAAUCCAACAGAAGAGCACUUUUUUCCUGAUGAUUUCAGAGAGGAUGUUGUGGAUAUUGGAGUGUGUAUUCAUACAAAACACAUGAUCCUCUCUGUAUGGCAUAGCCCCAUUUCUAAAUGACUUUCCAUCAAAAUGACUUUGUUUGCAUGAGCAGACCCACUCAUGUCAUGUGAGGAUUCCUCAAUUAGAAUGUUUGGACUAAGAUCAUUGUUUCAUUUCCCUGUUGAUAUUUCUGUGAUCCCGUCAGCAGCGGGUCAAAAUGGAAGAGGAGGGCCUAUUGUGUAUCUGCCAAACUAUUGCCAAAUCAAGCUUUUUCUUCAGUUUCAUAUAGGUCUCCCUUCUUGUUUAAGGCUGUGAUUCAGAGUUAAGAUAAGUCUGUCUAGGGAACAAUACCAACAUUGUUUGGUGGUUUUGGUUCAGACGUCAUGCUUAUCUUUAGUACUUUAGUGUGUGUGUGUGUGUGUGUGUGUUUUUAUCACAGGACAGAAUACAGUGUUACUGUUGAGACUAGCUGCAUUCACACCUGCAGGAAAAAGUUUUCAGAGUCUGCAUUGGGGCUUUAAUCAAAUUUAAAGUUAAUGUUUUUCAUAUCAAUUGACAUAAUAGCGGUAAUAAUUAAUUUUAAGAUGAUUAUCAAACCCAAACAAAGACUUUAUCAAAAUAACUUUGAAAUGUCAUAUUUUCAUUAAGUUGAAUCAUAAUCUGCAACUAAUUUGGUAGUCGAUUAAAGUAAUAAAAAAAAAAAAAAAAAAGAAGCCCAAAUUGAAUUGGUUCUCCAGUUCCUAACCUCCGUGUGAGGAUUUGCUGCUUGUUGUCUUAAGUGAUAGUAAACUGGAUAUGUUUGGGGUUUGUUUUACAAGCAAUUGGCAGAUUAAUUGAAAAUGAAAAUAAUCAUUCAUUGCAGCCCUAUCUUUUCAUAUAAUCACAUUUGAAAAGCCAGCAUGCUGUUUGCCUUACCAAAAAGUUCCAUUUCAAGUCCAUUCUAACUAAAUAGACUAAUGAAAACGUUCCCUUUCAUCACUUGUACAUCUGGGGAAAGUACACACUGAGUCAGCCAACUCUGAAUCACAGCCUUUCUUUGUUUAAAUAAAGAAACAAAAUCAUAAGUCUCACACAGCAAAUAACUGAACUUCACAAUCUAGGGAUACGACUCUGCCUCCCCUUUCAUAAAUCCAAAUAAAGUGUGCAUUUCAUGUGGGAGGUGAAAAUCGUUCUCUCUGAUACUGCUGUUCAAAUUAAAUGGCACCAAAUAAACCACAACAAACAGACAGAGUGUAAGACCUGAGACAGAAAACGAGAAGGCGUUGGAUGGGAUUUUAGUAGCCUAGAGACAACUUUUAAAUCACAGCAGGUCUCUUUUAAAAUAGUCAUUAGUUUCUCUACAUUUCAAACACAUAUAAAGUUCUUACAGUUGUAUUUCAGACUGCAGGAUCGAUUUUAUACACAUCAUUGGUUUUGUCACUUUUGUAAACCUUUUUACGGUUCAAAAUGUUUGCCUCUAUGUCUGUACAGAACAAAGCUGCUAUUUUAUUCUUUUUCUCUUUUGGAUGUAUGUAUGUAUGUGUAUAUAUAUAUACAUAUAUAUAUACACGUGUAUAUAUAUGUAUAUAUACAUAUAUAUAUAUAUACACGUGUAUAUAUAUGUAUAUAUACAUAUAUAUAUAUACACAUAUAUAUAUAUAUAAGAAUUCUUCAGGUUUGAUAUUUUAUGGUCUCCACUACAGUCCAUUUCUUAUAUCUUCAAACUCUGCUUAAAAAAAAAAAAUAAAAAUAAAAAAGAUAAGAUGAUUUAGAUAUGAAAACAUUUUUUUUCUGUUACCCCAAAAGGAUUUCUGUAACACUAUAUUUUGUUCAUUGCCUUUUAUUUUUUAUGAAAUCUUUCCUCCUGUAUUUGUUUCGUGGAUGUCUAUAAUAUUAUUAUUAUUAUUAUUAAUAUUAUUUGGAAUGGACACCUUAGCUCGAUGUGUGAGUGUGUACUUUCUGCACCCUUUUUGUACUUGUUGUCUAGCACUGCGCCUAGCAUUGCCCUCUAGGUGCAACUCAAUCUCAGGUCAAAGUAAAGGCUUUGCUUUCUCCGCACAUUCUCAUGAUUGUCCUCUACUUGUGUCAGCUUGUACCUCCCCCUUUCCUCCCCCAUCAUGUUUUGUUGAGUCCGGUAGCGCCGUCUCUCCUCCCCACUGGCCCCUCACUGACCUCUACAACAUACUGUACCUGUCUCUCCCCCCCCACCAUCCUUUUGAAGUCUGUGUACGAGAUAUUUAGUUUAUACCAGAUCUGGUAUUUUAACCCAUCCAUUGCUUGCCUCUUCUUGAAUCUAUAGGGCUAAUUGGGUUGUCUUGUAAACCAUUCAAAAUCAGAUUUUUUUUUAUUUCAUCAACACUCACGCACAAUUUAACGCCACUUCUGCUAAUGUUACUUCUUCAAAGUGAGAACAGGUCUGACUGUUUGUCUUCAUAAUCACUGCUUCUGAAAACCAAAUAAAGGAUGGGUUAAAGUCCAGGGAAGGGAACACACUUCAAUGUCAUGAAUGGAAAAAGGUCUUAAAAUGGAGGCUGAAUAGUGAAAGUGUUUGAAGGAUUUCUCCUCAUCUUUUGGAAAUGUUGCCUGGUGAUCCCCCCCCCCCCCCCUCUCUCUCUUUGAAGUUUUUUUUUUUCUUUUUCUGUAGGAGUGUUAUUUAUUUAUUUUUUUAUUUUUCCUUUUGUGACAUCAGUUUAAAUCACUGUAUACAUGCCCCAUGAUUCAGUAUAAAGUUGGAUUUUUUUUUCUAUGUAUUUUCUUUGGUGUCAUGACUGGGGGGACUUUGUUUUCUUUCCUUCAAGUAUAUAUCUACCUCACUCUUUUGAAAUAUAUGUAUGCGUAUGGAAAACAAGUACAUCUUACUCUCUCAUCAGUUUGUAUAGAAACCUCAUCUGGAUAAAACCCACAGGGAUCUAGGUAAACCUCACAAAGGAGAUGGAAUAUCUGUGUUGUAAGUACAGCCCAAUGACUGAUAGAAAAGUAAGUUUAUACCUCUGAUAAUACAAAGGAGAGGACUUCAGGACAGUGUGCUUUUGUUCUCUGCAGAAUCGGUUUAAAUUGUUGUCAGGUAUUCAGUUGAGAAAAUAUUAGAUAAUUAUGUCAACCUACACUUCAAUUUGACUGGAUACAGUGUAGCGAGACUUAGAACAGGUGCAGUAGAAGUCUAAGGUCAAGACCAGAGACCGGGGCUCAACAUCAACAUCAGAUAUCCCAUCUCCACUGACUCCCAACAUAUUGUCACAACCUUAAAUCCUCAAAAGACUAAACCUUAAUUUUCUCAUCUAAAAUGCAUUUAUAUAGACGUCUGAACAGUUAUCCUGGGGAAUAUUUAAAAAGGGAAAAAAAAAAAAUGUUUUAUUGACCUCCAAGAAAAAUUGCAUUUGCUGUUUACCUGUAGCCUGUAAUGCUGCAAUGUUACAGCACAACCCAAAAAUCCAGAUGCCAUUCACAAUCAUUUGUCAGUCAAUGUUGGCUUUGUUUUUUUUACCCCGUAAACUGAGUGUUUACGUGAACGCCAUCACUUCCUCUGUCCAAGUCUACCUGCUGAUUGCCAUGACGUUCUAGCCCUAGUGAUAGCUAAUUUUCAACUUUCUCUGUCUUUUCGAUCAUUUGGAAGUAAACUCAAUACGACUUUUUCUGGCCUAUUUGUACUGCUACAUACACUAAUGCUGCUGGUUAAAACUGUCACCUCAGUGGAUCUUCUCAGAAAAACUUCCGUUCUUCUACUCACAGCGGCUACUUGGAGAGUGCUGUCUCAGUGCAAGGGCGUCUGAGCUGGAUGCGUACAACUAUUUGAAAAUUCAUGUUGAAAUUAAUACCCAAAAGCAAUAAAACAUAAAUGGGAUUAUGAAUAAGCCACUGGGUAACUUCUAAUGUGAAAUCUGGGUGCUCAAUUUUCAUCUAAGCAUUUUCUCUGUGCAGAAUAUAAGAGAAUCAAAGAGUGAACGAUUGUUUUUGGUUGAAAAACAAGCAAGACUUGCUGCUGAAUGUCACAUCGGUUCAGAAAUCACCACUGACAAGCAAACAGCUUGUGUAGUUACUUUACAUAUCUGCAUUUAUGUUUUUUUUCUGUUUCAAUGCAUGUAAUAAUAAGAUACAAACUUUUCAGUUUUGGGAGUAGACAUUACAUUGACCUGUUGUGAGGUGAAUUACUAGUUACCAUUAGAUCACAAACCUGUCACAACUACAGCAUUUAAAUAAACACGUGGACAUGUAUAGGACAGGGAUAUUGCGUAGAUUACGGGUAGUCAUGGUAAAGAGUAAACAACAUGAUUAGAAAAGAUCAUAGGCCUACGUUUACAGCUUCACACUAGUUGCUUUUUUGCAUAACCAGAUUUCAGCGUAAACAUACAGUAACUAACUAAAAAAAAAAAACAUUCAACUUAGUCAUCUUUAUCAUUUUCUUUCUUCUGAAUGUUCUUCAUGCAAACCUCAGGUUUAUGGAGGAUGCGUCAGUGCAUUCAAACUGCAAUAAUAAGUUUGAGGUUUAUCAUUAUCAUGCCUCUGUUUUUAUGAUUUGCAUUCCUAUAUCUUCUGAGGGGGCCUUGGUUUACUGCUGUUGUUUUAUAAGAAUACUUUCACAAAAUCUCUGUUCAUUACCUGAUUGGUGGAAAGAAAUAAUCAAAAACCUUCACUAGAUUGUUUUGUUUUUUCAAGCUCUGUAUCUGAGGCCUCAAAGUUUUUUCACACCUAUAACUGAGAUGGUGUAUUUUUGACAUGCCAUCUCCAAAUGUGUAUCUGAAUAUUUCUUGUAUUUUCUUUUUUUUCCCCUGAAAUUUUGAAUAAUAAAUGAAUGAGAACUUCUA